UGACGUCACACGCCCCAAUGUGCUGAACUGCUUCCCAUCUCCAGCUGUCAUAGGCCGCGUUCGCGCAACGGGGAUGGGACUCCAAAUCCGUUAGUGGCCGCCCGCACCAACUCCUCCGCUCCCAUCAUGGCUCCCUCGUUGGACAGGCACGGAUACUGGGGGCGGCCCACUUCCACGCUCGACUGGUGCGAAGAGAAUUAUGUCGUCUCAUACUACAUCGCCGAAUUCUGGAACACUGUAAGCAACCUGAUUAUGAUUCUUCCUCCCAUUUGCGGGGCCAUCCAGACAUUUCGCCAUGGCCUUGAGUUGUGCUACAUCUUCUCUUUCCUUGGACUUGCAGCUGUCGGUGUUGGUUCCUGGUGCUUCCACAUGACACUGCUCUAUGAAAUGCAGCUGCUGGACGAGUUGCCAAUGAUUUACAGCACGUGUGUCUUUGUCUACUGUCUAUACGAGUGCUUCAAACAAGGGAACAGCAUUAGCUGGUUUCCUGUUGCGUUAUUAUUCAUCUUCAGCGUCACAGUAACUGUGGUCUAUUUACAGUGGAAGGAACCAGUGUUUCACCAAGUCAUGUACGGCGCUUUAGUCGCGUGUCUGGUGUUGCGAUCGGUCUUCAUUGUUACAUGGGUGUACCCAUGGUUACGGCCUUUGUGUUACACCUCCUUGGGUAUAUUUCUGUUAGGCUUUCUUCUGUGGAACAUUGACAAUAUUUUCUGUGACUCCUUAAGAGCCAGUAGACAAAGACUGCCCCCUGGUGUCGGAGUGGUGACACAGUUCCAUGCCUGGUGGCACAUCUUCACAGGCUUGGGCUCGUAUCUGCACAUACUUCUCAGUUUGCAAAUCAGAACAACCUACCUCAAGUACAGACCAAAAGUAAAGUUUUUAUGUGGAGUUUGGCCCACUCUUCAUGUUGAACCACAAAGGACAAGCUGAUAUGAAGGGACGCUUGAGAAAUAGUGGCUAUUAACUUAAGGACCAGCCAGCCGGUGUCGCCGUCUACUUGCUGGGAGCUCAACCCAUCCAUCGCUAGGGAGCAGUGUGGACCCUUCCACCAUGGCUCUGCACUGUGGCCAAUUAACUGAUUACAGUUUAGCACUGAGUUUGAUUGGAAAUUAAACAUUUGUUUUUUCUUUUAAAACAUAAUUUAUUAGCUUAGCCUUAAUGUUUGUAUAUAUUUUUUAAAUUAAUUAUACAGCAAAUGCAAACAUAAUAUAAAGUGAAAUGGGAAAAUGUGUUAGGGUUACGGAUGUUCAAAAAUGCAAAAAUAUUGAAUCUGAGGUUUGGCAAAACAAGUGAAGGGAGAGUACCAGUUCAAACAGUGUUGUCGUGUCAUUUUGAACGUAGAGCAAUGUGAUAUUGUCGCUCUGGGUUACAGAAUCGUCUCAUUUAAUGGCAGACUUUGACUUUCUUAAAAACACUACUGUUUUUUUAUGUUCAUAACAGUAACAUUUUCAUUGCCAUAGUUGCUUUUUCAAUUAAAAGGGGAAUUAAGAGUUUAAUCUUGGUCCAGCUAUAAAGUAUCACAAAUACCUAGAGAGCUAACAAACAAGAUCAACACCAAGUUCAAACUUUUUGAAAAGACCAAUAGAAUAUAAAUGGAACAUUCAUUGCACCAUGAAAAGAGGCCUUAUUAGUUUUACCCAAACGUUUCAGUUUUGACUGUGAAAGUGACCAUGGAAAGAAAAUUGCAACCCGGGCUUUGAAGUCAAUUUGGUAUGACUCCAUUGCUCAACAUCCUUUUAAGGCUAUUUUAUGUUUUUAGACGUGACAUUACUGUUGCACAGGGAGCCGCUGACUCGUAUGAACACACUUGCAAACAUGAGCACAAUGGAAGACAAAUAUUCAGUUUGUGCCUAUAAUCUUGACUGGAAUGAUAGCAAGUUGGAUACGGUUAGAAAAUUGGGUGCCUUAUUACGUGGGUGUGCAGGUUAACCCACACUGCCUUGUUUGUGCGUAUCAAAAUAAUUCCUCGGUCAUCUGUACCUCGCUUUGUGUGGUGUGUUCUACUACUGAUCAUGUAAUGCUGAUGUUGACCAGAAAAACAAAUUCUGCUUCCUCACUUUUUGUGCCAGUAUUCAAUGUUGUCCGCUCUUUGUUGGUAAAUAAAAGAGAAAAUAUCUCACCGA